GCCAAAAAGCAACGCAAACCCCCCAAAAGGAAGAAGAGGUUCCAUUUGCAUGGGGUUCGUAAUAUUCUUUCCACUUCUUGGCCAGUCAAAUUCACAACUCCCAGGCUUCCAAUCUCUCCUCUCACACAAAACCCAUUUCUCACAUCUUUGAUUCAUUUCAAUCUCAUUCUCAUAAUCAUCAUAUAAUCAAUCCUCUUUUGCUUCUUGUUUAGAUCUUGAAAGUUGCUCAGAGAGAGAGAGAGAGAGUAGUCAGAAGAUGAGGAAUUCGUCGGCAGACCAUGUGAUGAUGGAGAUAGAGGCAAACAAGCCACAAGGGAAUGGACUAGCAGUAGUAGGAGGACUGAGUCCACUGAGCGAGACAUUGUGGAAAGAGAAGGCGAAUAUAGAGUUAGUGGGGGAUGUGUCGGCGAGGCUUACAUGGAAGGAUAUGACAGUAAUGGUGAGUCUGAAUAGGAAUGGUGAGACCCAAAACGUGUUGGAAGGUCUAACUGGUUAUGCUGAGCCUGGUAGUUUCACAGCACUAAUGGGUCCUUCUGGUUCUGGUAAAUCUACCAUGCUUGAUGCUCUCUCUGGUCGCCUUGCUUCUAAUGCCUUCCUCUCUGGCACUAUUCUUCUCAACGGUAGAAAAGCUAACCUCUCCUUUGGAACUGCUGCGUAUGUGACACAAGAUGACAACUUGAUUGGUACUCUAACGGUUCGCGAAACAAUUUCGUAUUCAGCCCAACUACGGCUCCCGGAUAGGAUGCCUUGGUCGGAGAAGAACACAUUGAUUGAGAGUACCAUCAUAGAAAUGGGUCUUCAAGAUUGUGCUGAUACAGUUAUUGGGAAUUGGCAUUUGCGUGGGAUCAGUGGAGGAGAAAAGAGGAGGGUCAGUAUUGCCCUUGAAAUCCUCAUGAGGCCCAGACUGCUCUUCCUUGAUGAGCCAACAAGCGGACUCGAUAGUGCGUCCGCAUUCUUUGUAACUCAGACAUUGCGUGGUCUCUCUAGAGACGGGAGGACUGUCAUAGCUUCAAUUCAUCAGCCCAGCAGUGAAGUUUUUGAGCUAUUUGAUCGCCUUUACUUGCUUUCCGGAGGCAAAACUGUUUACUUUGGUCAGGCUUCAGAAGCUUAUGAGUUCUUCGCACAGGCUGGCUUUCCAUGUCCUGCUCUGAGGAAUCCAUCUGAUCACUUUCUUAGAUGCAUUAAUUCUGAUUUUGACAAAGUUAAAGCCACUCUGAAAGGAUCCAUGAAACUGCGGUGUGAUACAAAUGACGAUCCUCUGGAGAAGAUAACCACGGCUGAAGCUAUCCGAACUCUUAUUGACUUUUAUCAUAAUUCUCAGUACUGUUACUCAGCAAGGGAGAAAGUAGAGCAGAUAUCUGAAGUGAAAGGAACCGUGCUUGAUUCAGGAGGGAGCCAAGCUAGUUUCUUGAUGCAGGCUUUUACUUUAACCAAGCGGUCAUUCAUCAACAUGUCAAGGGACUUUGGGUAUUACUGGCUAAGGCUUGUAAUUUACAUUGUGGUUACUAUCUGCAUUGGAACCAUAUACUUGGAUGUGGGGACGGGCUACACCUCCAUUCUGGCAAGAGGUGCAUGUGCGUCUUUUGUAUUUGGUUUUGUCACAUUCAUGUCGAUUGGUGGUUUCCCUUCCUUUAUAGAAGACAUGAAGGUUUUUCAAAGAGAGAGGUUGAAUGGCCACUAUGGUGUUACUGCAUUUGUCAUUAGCAACACAAUAUCUGCAAUGCCAUUUCUGGUGUUGAUCACAUUUAUCUCCGGAACUGUUUGCUAUUUCAUGGUCCAUCUCCACCCAGGCUUUGAACAUUAUAUAUUCUUUGUAUUGUGCCUUUAUGCAAGUGUAACCGUUGUUGAGAGCUUGAUGAUGGCCAUCGCCAGUUUUGUCCCCAACUUCCUCAUGGGCAUUAUCAUAGGCGCUGGAAUACAGGGAAUAUUCAUGCUAGUCUCUGGGUACUUCAGACUUCCAAAUGACAUUCCAAAGCCUGUCUGGCGUUAUCCAAUGUCGUACAUCAGUUUCCACUUCUGGGCUCUACAGGGGCAAUACCAAAAUGAUCUGAGUGGCUUAGUUUUCGACAACCAGUCACCAGAUCUUCCAAAAAUUCCCGGUGACUACAUAUUGGAGUAUGUGUUCCAGAUUAAUGUGAAGAGAUCAAAAUGGGCGGAUCUCAGUGUUCUCUUCAGCAUGAUCGUGAUUUACCGCAUCAUAUUCUUCAUAAUGAUCAAAAUCAGUGAGGAUGUGACUCCUUGGAUCAGAGGCUACAUAGCAAGGAGAAGAAUGCAGCAGAAGAAGCAGAUGAGUGGAAAUCUAAAUACCACAGUUGCUCCAUUUGGCCUUACCCAAUCACCUUCCUUGAGGACCUUUGCAGCGGCCAAUCGUGCAACUGGUAGAAGUAGUAAUAAGAGGUAGAAGAAAGAGUCACAAGUUUGAUGCAUUUCAGUUACAAUAUCCUUGUGUUGUUGCUCAUCAUCAAAAACAAUGUCAGCAAGUACUUAUGUAAGACAGAAUCCACUUCAUAUUCUAAUUAACACACUGCUAUUGGGGUGUUUGGCAAGAAAAAAAA